UGCUAUAUAUCCGCUCGAUACGUUCUUGCAGCCUUGUCCUGUUCGGGUUUUUGUGUGGUGUAUCUUCUCCGAGUGAAUUUGAGCGUGGCUCUGGUGGCCAUGGUCAAUUCUACCUACGCAGACGAACAGGCCUCUGGAAAUAACCCGGAAUGUCAGAGAAAUUCUUCCACAGAUUCAAAGCAAAAGGUUAGAAGGCAACGUGUGUAGUAUAAAGUACAUGUAUGUUCAAGUUAAUCGACCGUACUUUCACGUGCUUUGGCUGGAAAGAACAAUAUGUGCAUGACCAGUUCGGGAGUAUGCCAGUUUUGGAAGAAGCGAUGACGUCAUGAUUCCAUUGUUCUGCUAAAAACACGCAAAAAUAGGAAAAAAUAAUCGCAAGAAACAAGGGAGCUUUUUUCAAAGCCUGUUCCAGGUCUUCUCGUUCAAUAUCCGGGACUUCCGAGCUCGCAGUACCGAUGAAGAAGCCUUCUCCUUGCUUUUUGAAUGUCAAGGAAAGUUUCCUGCCACAUUUCGGUAGUUAAAAGCGACAGUUUUCAAAUGGCCUUCGCCGCCGCCGCCGCCAUCUUGACGGGUAUCGAAUGUAAGUACAUGACUUUAUGUUUAGUUUUCAGUAUCUUGCCGAAUUUUUACGAAGUCAAGACUAAUUUUCCUCAAAACUACAACGUUUCAAGUGUGUUCAGGCAAAGUUUCAUCGAUGGCAACAACCUAGUAAAAAUGGCAACCACACAUUGAAAAUUGCCAACGGACAGGAAGGGUUACUGAUAUUGAUGGUUAUGCCUUAGUCUGUCUAUGUAGUUUUAGUUAUAAUCGAUCAGGUCUGUUUUUGGUCGUGUUCACCGGCAAUGUAUACGACUCUCAUCUAGAAAUCACUUUAUUGAUCCAGAUCAUGUGUGUUGAUUGAGUUUUAAAUCAGUGUGAGUAGUUUCUUAUAUUGAUUUCUUAUAUUUGGAUCAGGAUUUCCGUCAAAAAUGUAGACAGACAUCUGGAGAUAUUACAAACAUGUUGUCGCGUUUGUGCCAAAAAGCUGGGAAAAGGAACCAGGAUGACAAAAUGCUAAAUAUCUUCAGAACGACAUAUUUGUGCUCUGAGGGCAAAAUAUUGCUUUAGGUUCGCCUUAUGUUCCACUGUAAUGAAAAAUUUAAUGUCCAAAUUCAACCCUACCUCAAUAAAAUUAAAUAUGUUUUGUUUGUUUGUUUGUAGUGUGGUCACAGGUUUACCCACCACAAAAGCCCCUCCUUUGGCCCUUUCAAAAAUGGGUAAGAGGGAAACAGGUUGGAGGGGGGGCUUAUAUACCUUGUGAGUGGAAGCUCACACUCAAUGACCAUUCAACCAUAGAAGAGACUGUGGCCCUUAUUCAAGGGGCUUUAAAGGAGAUAGACGAGGAAGGAGUCAUGGAAGUGGAGGCUUGUGAAGAUUUUCUCUACAUAAUGUUCAAUCCCUCGCGUCAAAUAUUGUUUAUACUUUACAGAUGCCAAAUACAUAAUAUGUUCAGUCCCUGUGCUGUGCAAAAGGUCAAUCUGAAACAUGAAAAAUACCACACUCUCCCCCAUCAAUCCCUGUGCAUGAGCAAUAAGGCCACAUUAUUUUGAUGUCAUAAUAUCAAAUAUGUGUGUAUUUGAAUAAAUCCUAAAUUAUUGAGAUUCUCUUGAUGAAAAAGCAUCUAUGUUAAUGCAUCGUCUUCUACAAAUCAUCCUCCCUAAUAAAUAAUACAUGAGAGACAUCUCACAAGAUAACUAUUGAAAAUCAAUGUCAGCUGCUACUGUCUUCAUUAUAUCAAUUAAGUUUUGGUUUUUGGUUUUCAUGUCCAAGAAGGUGUUAAAAAAACAAGAUUUUGAGAUAAAAGAGUGUGUAUAAUAUGCGAGCCAGUGAGCCAUGGCAGCGAGUGAUGCAGGUCAGAAUCAAAAACAGUAAUACGGAAAGAAUUAACUGUCAGCACCUAAAAUAAAAUGUUUAUUUACAAAAAACAAAAUGUAACAAUAAAUAACUUUUAUUGUAUCUUUACUCUGAUGUGUGAGCUUUGUUUUCUUGAAAGUGCUGUUCAAUAGAAACAUGAAGAACCAGCUAUGAAAAAGAACUUUGGAAAACUUAUGUUGUGUCCAUGCCAAGUGCAUGUCAUCAUUAUUAUUUUGGGCCAAACCUUGUCUAAUAGAAUUGUUUGAGGGUCCCCACAGAGAAGACUUGGAGAAAAGUGCUCCUCAAAGUUACAAUGCCUUUGGAUUAAAGGCAACCCCAGAGUUAAAAAGAAUAAUUUAGUAUUAUUCGGAUGUAACAUCAAAUCCCAUACAAGAGGAUAUUUUAUAACAAACCAUAACCUUGUUGAUCUCUGACCUCUGGUCAAAUCCGGUGGACUACAAGACUAUAGUAUCCCAUUUUAAUCAAUAGAUCCAAAAGCAUGUAACAAGCAUAAUUCUUAGUUUUCCAAUAUGUAUAUUAAAUUCUUAAGAGCCUCUUGCAUUUGUUAAGCUUGACCAAAUAAUCAGUGAACUUCAGAAAGUAGAAUAAUUGAAAUCAAUAGGUUUUUUUGAAGCGGGACAAAAAAAAAUGAUCAGGGAUGAUAAGUAAGAUUUUCACUUUGUGGGGUUUUCAAGAAGAAAACGCGGGCACAAUACCCUCAGAAAUCCCUUGUAAACCUGUUAUAUACCUGGACGGAACCGCUUCAAGACAUAAACCAACAGAACAUCAUAUUUGAAAAAACAGAUAUUUUACUCACAAAUGACUCGCUUGCACCAAAACAAUAACCUGAAUUACAGCCGUCUUCUCCGGCCAGUCGCUCACUGGCGGGAGAGAAACAGAAGCAACGGGAAAAAUUACAUUAACACUUACUGUGAAAGCAAACAUAAGGAAAGGAAUUAUAGAACAACUCACUUUUUAGUUGUUUCCAAAGCAUUCUUUUUUCCUUAUGAUAGAAAAAAAUAAUGAAAUAAAUAGGCACAAACUUGUUAGCGUGCUUACCUAUUUUCGAUGUACUGAUUACAUACGCAGUGAGUAUGCAGUGCCUACUAAGCGCGCGAUAAGCGAAGAACUAUAGCGCAAGAAUGGUUACUCCCUGUCCUCAAGGUACUUCCCAAUUCAUAGUAACGAAAAGACAAAUAAAAGGCUCGAUAAAACAUGAAUAAACGAGAAUUUUGGUCAAUACUCUUUCUUCUCCUCUCCCUUGUCCGCCAUUUUGUAUGUUUUGAAAAUGACCAUCGCCAUGGUGAUCAUGUUAUGGUUGGUGACGUAGACCAUUGUUUUCGCUUCUUCCAAAACUGGCAUACUCCCGAACUGAUGACAGUCACAUGCGUCAUCAAAAAAUACUGAUGUGAUUCGUUGUAAGCUUUAUCGUCGUCGAAUAAAGUAGUCCAAGAUUGAAAAUUUGCCGAGAAUUUAAGUUGCGCUAUGUCUAUGUCAACAUGUGUGGUUAAUAUUUGAGCGAUUAUCACGCUUGCUGUGUAUAUAAACACUGCAUUGAAUGAUAUCCUUUUCAAAUCAGUAUUGUUACAUGUGUCCUUUGGAGACACCAUGGGUUUGUCAACUUCUUUUGACGUCUAGAUGGUUUGCCAUGGGCCAAAAUUACCAUUAUAUUUAAUUAUACUACAUGCACAUUUAUUAUUAAUAUAUUAGGUAUUGUGGAUUUAUUCUAGUUGUUGUUUUUGUCUCGGUCUGUUAUUACACCAUUGUUUUGUAGUCCAGGCCCCACUUGCUCAAAUGUUGGAUAGCAUUAUCCACCGGAUGUAAAUCACUAUGCAGUGGAUAUUAUUAGAAACAGGGGAACUAAUUGCACUAUCGAAAGGAUAGAGGCGAUAUUAUCCAGCGGAUAGCGUCAUCUGCCAAAUGGUGCCAGAGUAAAGAAACUUUUAAAUGAGUCUGGAGAGAUUCACUAUUUUAUUGAUCAUAAUUAUUACACUGUUGAAUUAACAGUAAUAAAAAUUGUAAUUUCACCAGUCUGUAAGAAAAAAAUUCCAUAAAGUGUAGGUCUUCAGAAGGUUAUUGCAGUGGCAAACAGAAUUGAAUGGCUUUAUAAACUUGUAGGAAUGUAUCUGCAGAAGCUAGAAGCUUGUGAUAAAGUGGGACUCUACAGCACACUUCAAAAUAAUUUGCACUGACAACUUGUAGCUAUAAGUUCGCAAGGUCUCAUGGUUUAUGGUUUAUCCUUUUCAAAUGCAUGGUUUUUCCAACCCGUCUUUGAAAGUGCCAGUGUUAAUGUCAAUUUAACACUUGUUAUCAGUGCAAUGAUUUGUUACUAUUAAUACUGUAAAGUAUGAUUGAAGAUGGAAACCUGGAAACCUUUGUUCUUACCAUUCAAUUGCUUGCAUGUGGGUUCUACAGUCGAACCUCCUGUGAGUAGCCACCCAAAAAGCGAGUGUUGGUGGUCGCUCAGAGCCGUCAACAAGUUUUUAAGAGCAAGCAGAUAAUGAAUAGUAGGCAGCUUUGGAACUUGUACCAAAGGAACAAGUUCUUGAGGACUGAGGCAUCUAGGGACAUUUUGAAAUUUAGAGUCUUGGAAAUGGCAUUUCCAGGGGUUUUUUUUUUCCACCAUGGACGCCAGGAUGUUGUUUCGUCAGAAUAUACGCAAGACUGGGAACAUGCAAUGCUAUCAAAAUAUCUCAGGCAUUCCACAACAUCGCAUGGUUCGAACGUGUUACACAUCUAAACCUGUUUAAAUAUGUAUUCAAUGUCAUUCAAAACUCCUGAAAAUUUGGCUGUUUUUGAUAAGUGGUUGCUUACUGAGUGUACUUGGGAUGGGAGGUGGUUGCUUACGAGAGGUGGUCGCACAUGGGGUUUUGUCUGUAUUUACAUGAAUCACUAACUUUUGAGUCUUUUCGAUCUAUGGGACCAUCCAAGUGAAUGACCCUCUUUAGUAAUGCUAAUUUAUUUAGUAUUUAGUUCUAACCUUGAGUCCUUGGGUUAUUCAACUAUGCCAGUAAAAAUUACCUAUUUUUAUCUGUACUUUCACUUGGUACUAUUUAUUAAUGUUAGAAUGUACAGAGUAGUUCUAACUUUUGAGUCUGUGGAAGAAAUCCCAUAGUGUUACAAUUUAAAGGAAACUUUUCGAUGGUGCUUUUCAUUUCUUUGGAUUUUUACAAAAAGAAAUUUAGAUUUUUUUUCUUAAGCGACAGACCUUAUUGAGUGCAGGGCAGUAUUUAGAUGAGAGGUGAACUCCUUUUUCCUCUUAAUCAUUACAAAUGUGUCCAAACAUUUUAGAUUCAGUCUUUUUGACUGUUUGAUAAUCAAAAUUGUUUUGUAGGAGGGGGAGUUUAACUGGGAUCAAAAAACACAAGGUAAACUGCAUGCUAAAUCUGUUUAAUUAUUUGCCUUUUGAAUGAAGUUUUUGUUUCUGCAUGAUAACUGAGCACCUACUUUUAGUGGAGCUCUACAUGUGCGCAAAAGGAGCCCUCAAGCUUAGAAAAUUCUAUUUGAGAAAUUUUGGUAGUGCACCUGGUGGACAUCCAUCCGUCCACCCAUUCGUUCACACCACAGGCCAACCAAUGUGAUAUCUCACACUUUCUUAGCUAGUAUGGCAGCCCAUCACCUGAUAUUUGCACAUCUGUGUUGGGGUGAAUUGACAGCUGUCAAAACAGGGUAGUCACUGAACAGUAUCAUGACUGUUUCACUGGCUCAGGUGUCGACCCAUCGAGGGUACAUGUUGAAGUUUCCCGCUGAUGAGUUAUAUUUACUAGUUUUCAACUGAUUACAGGCUCAACUCCAAGUAGAUUUCCUUGUAAAAUAAAUGGUUACACGUUUUUUGUUUGAAGUAAAAAAAAAUUAUUAAUGGGAGCUUUGCCUUUAUCCUUGGCUAAUUCAUUCUACAGGCCAUCUGAUAUUACGCGAUGGUGCGAUUUCGCACAAUUGACCUCAAAUUGCAUCUGAUCGCACAAUUUGAGGAAAAUUGCAUAAUAUUCCUUUACAUUCAAAUUGCCUGUUAAGUGGUUUUUCUUCUUUGAAACCUGGUAAAACAAUGUAAAUAAGCCCUAAAAAAAUCGUGUAAUUUAUUGCAUAAUAGUCCUAUCUUAUCGCAUGGAAUCUACCCUGAAGAUAUCAUACAAUUUCUGAUUUUUUAUCGCACCCUAUCAGAUGGCCUGAUUCUAUGAUCUUGUUAGUUAGCUUUGGGAGGUGAUCAUAUAGUUCCUGUUCUUCAGUUUGAGAUGUCCCACCAAAUUAAGAGAUGUUGAAUGCUACUGCGUGGAGGCACCAUCAGUUUGCUCUUCCUUUAUUUCAAUUUUUAGUUUUUAAAGUUUGAUUCUUGUAUUUUGGCUCUGUAGGUAUUAUUCUGGGUUCAUUUUUCUAUGGAUAUAUCAUCACUCAGUUACCUGGUGGAUGGCUAGGAGCACGGUUUGGUGGAAAGUAUUUAUUUGGCCUUGGAGUGCUUUGCACUUCUGUGUUGACAAUUUUCACUCCUCUUGCUGCACGUCAUAGUGUUGGAAUGUUAAUUCUGGUGAGAAUACUGGAAGGAUUA